CUUUGACACUAUACUUUUUUCUAACUGAUAUGCUCGUUUGCAUAUUAUUCCUAGUUGUUUUAAGCGGAGCAGUUGCUCGAGAGGUAAAUACAUCGUAUUUUCGGUUUAGGAACGACAGACUUAACAGACAAUGCGAGGAUGCUGUGCUUAAUAAGGAGAAGAAUAUCAUUGAAAAACCAGUAUACAUAAUUUUGAUGCUCAUAUUCAUAGUAAUAUUCCUACUACUAUUGCUUGGUGUGAUAAAGGGCUUAUUGGGAUUAUUUGUAUCAAAACAAAUUGGAGAAGCAGGACUAGGCCUAUUUGUGGACCUCCCAACACAUUUGAAUCAGUGCCAAGAGAAAGAGCUCAAACAAAGGCCAGUCGUUUAUGAUGUAGCAGGUUGGCCAGUCAAUCCAGACACCAGAGAGAGAAAUGUUAGACUUCUACCAAAGAGAUUAAAUUUCUGUUUGAACGUGAUAUUCUUCUUAGCCUACCCUUUGGCUUUAAUCUUAAAAUGUUGUGCAAUGUGUUGCUGCAUUAGAGAAUACAGGGAAGGAGAUGAAAAGCGGAGUUUCAGGAAACUGAACGCUAUAAGGACCCACAAGUCUAAGGAUUUGGUUUCACUAGGAGCAAAAGUGAACAAAUACGAUGAGGAGCAAAAAGAGAAAGACGAUACGGAUUAUGUGUUAAAUCAGAUGAACAAAAGUCAGUCGUCUUUACAUAAUAAUAGAUCUACCUAUGGAGAGUAA